AUGGCCAGCAUGACCACCAUGGAGAAGCUACUCCUCUUCCACAAGCUCGAGAGCGACUUGUUCCACCGCCUAGUGCACGACCUCGCCCAAGACCCAGCGGCCAUGAGGUGGGUGAUCGCGCUUUGGCUCUGGCUCGAGUCCGUUGGCCACCACAACUUCAUCCGCCGUGUCGCGGCGCUGCCAGGCCCCGUUGUGCUACGGUUCGUUGAGGAGGCAGUCGCAUGCCUUCGCUGUCUUGCUGGCCAAUGCCAGGCGGCCACGGCUGAUGUUGAAGAUGGACGCGGCAAGCGCCUACCCUGCACAAACGCGCUCCUAACAGAGCCCAUCGACGAUGCGGGUUACUUCCAAAGUCAUCGCGAGAUCUUGGAUGGCGUCACCCACUAUUACAGGAGUGUUUGCCUCGCCGUUUGCAAUGUCAACAACAGCACCACUUGCAUGCCCAACAACACAGCCGGUGUGCCUGUUGCCCCACCGAUGGUAAGCUCCCCUAUCCAUACCACCCCGAGGGUGGCACCCUUGCCACUAAACCCAAUGGCAGCAUCCUUCCCACUGAACCCCAUGGCGACCCCAUGGAUCCCGAUGCAAAGCCCAUUGAUGGAAGCCCCAUGGAUCCCGAUGCAAAGCCCAUUACCGGACGACUACCGAUCCCUCUUCAUCACCUUCUCCAAAGGCUACCCCAUCAGCAGGGAGGAUAUCAUGGAGUUCUUCGACUCGGUGUUUGGGCCUUGCGUGGAAACGGUGAUGGUUGAGAAGGUGGCGCCGGGGCAGCAGCCGGUGUACGGGCGGGUGAUCCUGCGCAGCGCGGCGAUGAUCCCAGUGGUGCUGGAUGGGCGGCAGACAGCCAAGUUCAUGAUCAAAGGCAAGCACCUCUGGGCCAGGAUCUACAUCCCCAGCUCCAGGCUCUCCUACCCCUGA